ACUGAAAACUGAAAAGUAGUGGGAGUAGAAGAGGGAGUAAAAGAACAAGAAAAUGGCGUGUGUCGUAAAUUUAAGAGAAUAUGCACCAAAAAACUGUCAACAGUGGUGUUGAAUACAUAGGAAUUUAAGUUAUUUAAUGAAAAAUACAUCCUUACAAUAUGCAGGGUCAAGAAGGCCUCUCCGGGUCUUCCGACCACAGACUGGCGUUAAUUCACGAAAUGAGUGCACAUAACUUUGACUUGAUCAGGUUUGCUUCUUAUAGAACUGCUACCAAGUUGAGAUUUAUACAGAAGAAAGUCAGCUUACAUGCCGUAGACAUCUGGAAUGUCAUAGAAGCCUUCAGGGAACAAGGCUUACAUGCAUUGGAACCCUCACAGGAAUUAAGCGUUGCCAGAUUGGAAACGUUGCUUUGUUCUUUAUAUCACAGCUUGAAUAAGAGGGCGCCACCAACGCAACAAGCACAUGUUGAUGUUUGUGUUAGUUUGCUGUUGAACUGGAUACUGGCUGCUUAUGCUACAGUUGAUAAUGUCGGAAAGAUCAGAGUGUUUUCAAUUAAAGUAGCUCUUGCUACCUUAUGUGCUGGAAAACUUAUGGACAAGCUGCGUUACAUAUUUUCGCAAAUAUCCGAUAGCAACGGCUUGUUAUUACAAUGGAGAUUUAAUGAAUACCUACAAGAAGUUCUGGCUCUUCCGGCAGCAGUUUAUGAAUCUCCUACAUUUAAUUAUACCGACUCACUUGCCAAUUCAAUUUUUAGUCCGAACGCUAAGAUCACCGUCAAUGACUUUUUGGAUACUAUGAUGUCUGAUCCUGGACCGCCAGCAUUAGUUUGGUUACCACUGUUACAUCGUCUAGCUAAUGUUGAAAAUGUUAUUCAUCCGGUGCAAUGUGAUGCUUGUCAAAGAGAAAACUUCACAGGAUUUCGUUAUAGAUGUCAGAAAUGUCCGCAUUAUACGCUUUGUCAAGACUGUUUUUGGAGGGGUAGAGUUUCAGCACCACACAUACUUGAACAUCAAGUGAAAGAAUACGCUUCCUUUUCGCCCAGUAAAACAAUUGGUCAGUCCUUAAGAAAAUCCUUUCGAUGUGUUCCUGAUAAACAGAAAAAUAAUUUACCAAGGUUUCCGGAACAACCCGAGAAAACUCUAAAUCUCUCUCAUAUAGUUCCUCCUUCCCCUAUUCCUUCCCAUAAUGGUUUUCCAGACGGCAAUUUUGCAGCAUUUGAUGGUAUGGGAAGUUUAGAUAGCAGAUCGACGGCAAGAAGCUUGGACAGUGCCCGCGACGACGAGCAUCGUUUGAUAGCGAGAUACGCCGCGAAACUAGCCGAAGAGGCACGAUCUGGCAUGCCUCGAGGCGGUUAUAGAAAACACUCACUGUCACCUGAUGCGGGGCGGGUUCCUUCCGAAGCUUGUCUGGGAAUGGAUUCAACGAGAGCUCAGAGAGAGCUCAUCAACCAACUAGAAGCAAAAAAUAGAGAAAUUAUGAGAGAAAUUGCUAGACUGAGACGACAACAAGAAUUAGAAUCUAGUGGCCAUGGUGCCGACAACCCAGUAUUAAUGAACGAACUGAGAGCUUUAAGAAUGAGGAAAGACGAACUAGAGACCCAUCUGACAACGUUGCAGGAUUCAAGAAGGCAGCUAAUGAUGCAGUUGGAGGGACUUAUGAAAAUGUUGAAAAAUCAUCAAUCAUCUCCACGCAGUACUCCCAACUCUUCGCCACGCAGUACAAAAUCCCCACCUCUUCCUCCGGGUGUUCAACCUUCGACUCAGGCAAAUCCCCGCAGCGCUCCACAAACGCCGAUGGGUAUGCCGCCAUCUACCAACGCUUCGAUGUCAAAUUCCAUUCCACCGGUUAGCCAGGGCGAGAGAGAAAGGGAUAGGGUGCAGCAUAUACCGCAUCCACAAAGUGCUCAACACAUACCACAUUCCCAAGGCAUGAUUUUGGGCAGUAGGGAGCAAAUGAAUAAUAUGUCGCAGGAAAGAGGCUACAAUAGCGAUUCAUUGGUUGGAGUGGGUGGUGAUGUGAGGAGUGCGUUUGGGGGUUCCUCUAAUAUUAAUUUAGGUAAUGGUAAUGGAACUCCAGGUUCAGUGGGGCGUUCCUUGCGAAACGAUUUGUUGGUGGCAGCUGAUUCCGUGACUAAUGCCAUGUCGACUUUAGUAAGAGAACUGAAUUCAGGUACUGAAUAAAAAUAAUCUCCUUAUUACAAAACGCUUGUUGACCAUACGCUAUUUUAGUUUUGUGUUGAUUACUUCUAAUUUUUUUAUUUUUAUAUAUUUUUUUGUAUAAAAUAUUUUUUUAUUUUGUUAUAAGGUGUUUUCCUAAAUAUAUAAUUAGAAAUUUCUAAUAUUGAAAAUGAAUCACCUUUUGUAAGAUUCGUUAUAUUUAUCGUUGCUCGUAGAAUCUAAAGUAUUUUAAAAAUGAAAGAAAACGCGAGUUAGUUGGUGCUCCAUUGAUUAUGUUUUUCUGUCUUGUAGUUAUUUGUUUUUUUAAGGCAGAAUCUCUAAUUUUAUUAAUAUAUUUUGUUAUUUUGCUUAGAGGCUCUUUACUGAUUAUAUUUUUAUCAAUAUACUCUAGAAGAGGAACAUAGUUGUCGUCAUCAUCAACCAAUCUGGUGCGUACAUUGUUCCAGAUAGGCAUUCCCCAAAAGUAGCCAUUCUUUUGUGUUAUGAGCUGAUUUGAUUCAGUUUGUUUUUACUCUUUUGAGAUCAUCUGUCCAGUGUGAAGGUGGCUCAAUCUACGCCAGCGACUACCUUUCCUUAACUUUCGUGUGGAGUCGAGCCGCUCAAGUAUAAUACCUCCACAGUUUCUUCUGCUCGUUGUAAAAGGCGACUAAUUGAAGCAGUGCAACGCCUCGCCGCUCGUGCGCGGACGCUACGUUGCUACACCGGCUGUCGGAUGACAACAAAGGCGUAGCCCGCUAUGCUCUAGUGGAGAUGGGGGGGUUCGUUGAGACUUCUCUUUUAACCUGAAAUAGAUAUUAACUGGGCGCCAGGCAAGUUUGCCCCACGGCCCAUGCCUAAAGUAGACUGCAACUCCAAACCUACCAAAUUGUUGCAGUACCAAUCAUGUGGUGUAUGGAACAAAUGAAAUUAAGCGAUACCUCACGUAAAAAUUAUCUAUUAAUAAUAAGUAAAUAAGUAAUAAAUAAAUUUGGUCUGUAAACAUGCAAUAAUUAACAAAAAAAUAAUAAAAUGAAUCAUAAUAAUACCAUAAUAUUGAACAACCACAACGAUAACCUACAAAGUAACUAGAUGCGCCAAAGCAAAUAGGGCUUCUAGCCCUCAAAAUUAACCGAAAAUUAUAAGCGUCGCAUGAGCUCAGGCGCAACCGCUGUAAAACAAAACAAAAAGUAUAACAAACCGAAAACACACUAGGUACUAUUCACAAAUAAACUAAAAUUAAUAAAAGCUAAAGAACAUAAACGCAAAAAAAGUAAAUUAAUCAAAAUCCUUAUCUUAAUUCUGUACUGAGGUAUCCAACGAUGUAUCCAAUUCCAAUAAGAAGAAUAACCAGUAACAUAUCAACGACAUAAACAAACGAUUUCAAACACAACAAAUCUUAAUACUGAAAGAAGAAAUCGGAAGGAAUUGGAAGUAAACGGAACUAAACGGAAUCAAUGGAAACCCUAAAAGAGAAAAAUAGUAUUAGAAUAUCUACUUGUAUUUACACUAUUAUAUUCUAUAAAACUAAAUCUGAAAUUACUAAGUUAACCUGAACUGUCAAAAUGACGUCUAUUAUUACAGCAAUUAAUAUUAAGAAAAAUAAAAACUAAAAACUGACUGAAAUGACGUCAGAGAAAUAAUUAUAUUUUAGUAGCAAUGUCAAAAAAAGAAAAAAAAAAUGAAAACUGUAAAUUAAUGUAGAUUUCUUCAAAAUGACGUCAGAGCAACGAUUCAAAUUCUAUAUUAAUCAAUAAAUAAGAAAACAAUAGAAGAUCUUAUACUAACCUUUGGCCAGAAGGGUUUUCCAGGGGGUACAUAUACAAAAAACUCUUCUACUUCCCACAGAGUAUUUCCAACAAUAACUAGGUACUAUCUACCCCUAUCUAUUUUGUGGUUUAAGGCCUAAUAACUGCAAUAGAAAAAUAACAACUCUCAGAGAAACGAAUAAAUAAAAUGCUCGGAAAUCAACAAUGCACCUAUAGUAGUGCUUAAGAAAUCGAAUUAAGACACAUACCUGAUCCAGCGUAUCUAAAAUGGUGCUUUGAAAAUAGAUCCCGUUUCAUACGGUGUGAACUUGACAACUACACAAAAUGUACCUACAACACUACAAUAUGCCAAGUUCAAUUAACAUAAAUUCAGGCCGAUAUCCCCAAUGAGGGUGAUCUAUCCAAGAUCAAUUGCCUGAAAACUUAUGUUCCAAGUAGCACCCCAAUUUUAGAGUUCGACGACUGUCAAAGUGACUUACCGUAACGUAUCCAUGACAACCCUUGCCAAAUUCAAAGUCUGCUAUCUAUUCGAUUAUUUAUUUAAGAAAAUAGGAGAAAUGUGGGAAACGAUAUGAAAGAGUGAAAUAAUCUUUUAAUAAAAAUAAUAUAUAGAUGAUUGAAUUUUUAAAACGUAACAGCAGCUGUCCGCUCGCCAUUAACCAAGUUCCUAGCCUGUCCCUGUGUGUUAGCAAAUACUCCCAACUAUCAUGCGACACCCACUCCUACCCAUCAUACACGUCCUGACACUCAAACCUAUACCCGAGGAGAAAUUCUUCACAAAUAUAAAAACCAGUAGAGGAAACCACUGAAAACAAACGAAUAUGCAUAGGGCAGACGGCUAUACAUCUUCCUAAUAUACCGUUACACCCAGCUUCAAGGUGUAACAUCAUGGUGCCGAAGGGGUGCAUUACCCAGUAGUGGGCUACAAGCGAUGCCUAAGGGUGAUGGCGAACCCGAAGGGAGAACAGUCUUGGCAGGGUAAGGGCGCACUGCCCCACUGGAUCGAUCUGCACGACUCAACUUGUGGGAAGAAAGGUGAGACGAAAAAAAGAAAAACAGUAAAGGCGGAAGAGAGGGUAGCGGGAGUGGAAGAGAAAACAAAGAAGAGGGAGAAAUAGAAAGGGAUGAAACUCAAGGGGAGAAUAGUUGGAGGAGAGAAGUAGAAGAAAAGGAAAAAUCGGCGCAAGCAAAAGCAACGGUAAGGACUGGGAAGAUAAGAGGGAAAAGAGGGAAGAAAGAGAGAAACAGCAAACCAAGAGAGAGGAAGAAAGAAAGAGAAUAGAAAGAGAGAAAGGGAGACAGACAUAAGGAUGAAAAUAAUAAAAUGAAAACGAUUCUAAGAGAAGAAGAAGAAGGGAAGCAAGUAGCUCAGACAGCGGAAGAAGCUCCGACUAGAAAACACACGGGAUUCGAACCGGAAACCUCUCGAUCUCCGGUCACACGCUCUACCACUGAGCUAUACUCCCUUUGCUUUGACAGGUUACAAGAUUUCUCAUACAUACUGACAAAUUUAAUAGACCAAGUGAAGUAUACAAAAAUACUUUAAAUAUACUUACUAUUAUUAUAAAAUAUCUUAUUCCCGAGGAAGACAAAUCCAAAGACACAAAAAUUAUAAUAAAUAUAUUUACUAAAAACACUAAUAAUAUAUUCUUUUAGCGAUUGUAAAGAUGUAGCGACUAAUACCAUACUAUCGGUGUGCGCAUGCGCCAGGGAAUGUAAAAAUUCACCCUCGUGCCUAAAGAAGUAUAACUUCAAAAAUUAAUAAAAAGUAUUUAAUUUAAAAGGGAAACAUUUUUUGACAUAAAGUUAAAAUAUGCAAGAACUGUAACAGUGAUAUUAUUCGUAAUUUUUAAAUUUUCUUAAAGCAACUAUGUAUUUAAAAAAAAACUUUUAGGGAAACACCUUAUAGUUACUUUUUACAUUGUACUUAUUCAUAUAGUGAUUGAUAUUUUGUACAAAUAUGAAUAGAAUGGUAUGCAGCAUGAGUUUGUAUACAUCACACAUAAACAGAUACUCUUUAAAUUAUUUUGUUGAACGAUUUAUUUUGUAAUUUCUUAUAUUCUUGUUAAAUAUUUUAGAGUAUAUUCAUUUUUAUAUUGUAUAAGAAUAGGACGAAAUUGUUGACAAAAAAAACAUAGAAAACAAUAAAUACGCAUUUUUAGCAGUUUU